CUCCAAACUCCCGGCUAGCGGCUCCGAAGUGCCCGGCGGCUCCGGCGAGUGCAGAGCGAGCGGCCCGUCGCGGGGAGGCCCCGAAGGGCUCGGGGGGCUGCCCGCCCGCAGCCCCCCGCCGGGCCUGGGCAGCCGGGCGUGGGCAGGGGAGCCCGCGGCGCCCGGGACCCCCGAUGAAGGCUCCCCCCGCCGGGCUCCCAUUGGCCGCGGGGCGGAACGUGCCGCCCCGCUCCCGGCCCUAUAUCAGGGCAGUAUUGCCCCGGUGGGGCGCGGGGCAGGUGCGGGGAGGGGCGCUGCCCCGCGGGCCAUGGACCUGGGGUACUUCCCCCUCGCCUGCCCGCCGGCGCUGUGCCGCGGGGCCCCGCAGCCCCCCUGCACCCGGCGGGGGGGCCGCGCCUUCCCGGCGCUGGGCACCGUGGCCAGCGCCGCGCCCUCCCCGCCGCCUGCCUGCGCCGGGGCGGUGGGGUGCCCGUCCGCCCCCGCCGCGGCGCCGAGCUGCGGCUACCGGCCGUCCCGCGGAGCGGGGCCGCCGGGCUACGCCACGUCCAUUUUCCCCGGGAGCGGCCGCCCGCCGCCGCCGGCGGAGCCCGGCCGCCCCUGCCCCGGCGCGGGCGGUGGGGGGCCGCGGCGCCUCUCGCCCUGCCCCGGGGCCGCCCCCGCGCUCGGCUCCCCGGCCCCCGCGGCGGCCCCGGCGGCGCCCCGCACCUUCGAGUGGAUGCGAGCGAAGCGGAGCCCGCCCGGGAGAAGCUGCGCGGCGCCGUGCGGGGGGGAACCUCCCGCCUGCCCCGCACGCACCAGCUUCAGCACCCGGCAGCUCACGGAGCUGGAGAAGGAGUUUCACUUCAGCCGGUACCUGUCGCGGGCCCGCCGCCUCGAGGUGGCCCGCUCGCUGCGCCUCCGCGACGCCCAGGUGAAGGUCUGGUUCCAGAACCGCCGCAUGAAGCAGAAGAAGCGGGAGCGGGAGGCGCUGGCCGCCCCCGCCGCCGCGCCCACGGGUGCCCCGGGCGGCCCCGCGUGAAGCCCCGCCGCCCCCCCGGGGGUCUGCGGGGCCGGGCGGGAAGUUGCGGCCGGCGGGGCACCCGAGGUGGCCUUUCAGGCGGGAGUGCGGCGAUGCAGCUCCGCUGUUUUUUCUGUUGCAACUUAUUUACAGUUUUAUUUAUGAGGAUUCAGGGAACGGUGCCAGCCCCGAACGCUGCUGCUGAGUUUCGAGCCGGGCCGAGGAGGCAGCGGGUGGGCGCAGCUGGGAGCUAACGGGGGCUGCCGCUCCCUCUCUUUAUGGGGGAGGGGGGGCUGCCCCAAGCUCCCGACCUCUUCUUCGUAUUGCAUUUAAAAAGAGAUCCGCAGGCUCAGGCAGAGUUCACACAGAAGAGAGGGAGAAACCCCGAGAAGGCAGAGCAAAGGAGAGCAGGGAAGACUUCUUACAGGAAGGGGCAGGGAUGGCCACUGCCACCAGUAUGAGUCCAAGAUCCCCUUUUGAAAAAAGUGCCCUUGUGUUCUGUCCUAUCCUUCAAAAAAUGCUGCAAAAAAAGAGGCUGUUUAUGCUUGUAUUUAUUCCUCAUUCGUUCCCAUUCCUUUGCUGAUGUGGCUGGUUUAGUCCAAAAUCUGUUCAGUAACUGUGAGGGAAAGUUUUAAAAGAAAUAAAGUCAUAGGAGGAACACCUCUUCCCAUUCAAACUGCAGGGGUGCUGGGAUUUUCCUUGGAGGGGCUGCCCAUGACCGGGCAUCUGCUGGCUCCCAGCACCUCUUGUGUGCCUGGGCAAGGACAAGACAACAUAAAGCCUCUUACGAGCAUCCAGGGCCAGGCUCUGAGAUCAUCCAGCUUUCGCAGGCUUGAUUGUAUCUUAUGGUUAAAGAAAUGCACCAUAUUAAAUCAGUUUGCAACAAAUCUUACCACAAGAAAAACCUCAAAGACCUGUUAAAGUGCAGAAAGAUGCCCGGGUUUGACCACAGACCUCUGCCAGUGAAAGACCAAGAGGAUUCCUGGAUCUUUUACUUGGCGUACUUGUUCAAAAAGAGUGAUGAUGACUGAUUCCUCCAUGCAAGCGCAAAAUUCACCAGUGAUCCUCACUUCUGACAAUUUUGUCUUUACCAGAGAUAAAAUUCAGUAUCAAAGUGGACAAAGGAGCCAAGUUUAGACUUUUCCUACCUGUGACUGGGAAAGCAUAACACCAAUGCAGAAAGGAAUGACAUCUGGAUUUAUGGGAAUGUGAUUUUAUUUAUCUGUGGCACAAAACUACUUUGGACAAGUCUCUGCUCUGGAUUUCUCCUGGGUGUUGGACUUUAAGGUGCAGAACACAUUGUAGCACCAGGGGAGAUGGAUCUCAGAGGAUCUGUGACUGCUGCUGUUUGGAAGCCAGCCCCAGACACCAACAUUUGUUGGUCUUUGUUGAAUGCUUCCUGGGCAAAAGGAACAGAGAGAGCAGAUGAAGGUGGAACUUUCAAAUCAGCAAGUCCACGACAUAAGGGAUACUUAUUCUCUAUAGUACCUUCCAUUCCCCAAGGCACCCUUCUGCUUACAGGCUUUUUUAUGAAGAUUUCUCUUCAGCCGAGGGACUGGGAAGCCACUGCUGAUGGCAGCUUCAGCAGAGGUUGGUGGGAGCCCUGGGAAACAGUAUGCUCCCAAAAGCUGGACAGGUACAUUGGAAUGAUGCUGCGGCAGCAGGCUUACGGCUGAGCUAGGGCAGGAGGCCUCCUCGACAAGGAGAUGGGUGCCCCCACAGUGAGCAUCUGAGGGGGGGACCUCCCAAGACAGAAGUGUUUGGUUAUGCAUCAUAUCCUGACUGUACCUGGAAAGUACAAUAAAGCUAGAGGCUCAUGGUUGUGCAUGCACACAGAGACAUUUUUGUUCUGUAUAUGGUGUUAUGGUUCAUAUCCCAC